AUGUCCUCCGACGACUGUUGUAACGAUCGAAGAGAGAACUGUCUGGUGACAGUGGUCGGGUCUCUGAGUGCGGAUUUCACAUUCCGUUGUAGAUUACCCAGAUUACCAAAGCCUGGUGAGACUGUACCCGGUGAUAAGUUCACUCAGAGUUGGGGUGGUAAGGGUGCCAACCAAGCAGUUGCUGCUGGCAUAUUACUCUCUACUAACGACUCCGAUACGCCGAUGGUCCAGAUGAUAGGGUGUGUGAGUGCUGAUGACGGUCUUGGAACUGCAUACAAGGAGCAUCUCAAGGAAACUGGUGUUGGUGCGGAUUACCUAAACCUCUUACCGGGAACUAGUACCGGUGUGGCAGGGAUUAUCGUAUCAGGAGCAGCUGAUGCAGAGAAUGACAUAGUGGUGGUCCCGGGCACCAAUGGAAUGUUAACUCAAGCCAUG